AUGGCGUCCUCCAGAAGCUCAUCCUGCUCCCUCUCGGACGAGGUAUGUUUGAGAAGGCUCUUCUCCCCAGCACGCCCCAGUUCGCCUCCGACUGCCGGCUCUCCGCCGAGACAAGUCGCCCAGAUGGAGACGGAGCCCUCCCCAGCACCGGUGGCACCGGUUACUCCGCGUGGAGUUUCCGUGCCUCGCCGGGCCGCCCCAGCGGGUGGGUAUGUGCCUGCCGGCACAAACUCGUUCCGCUGUAGGGUGUGCCGCGGUGUCCAUGCACUGCGCAAGUGCCCACGGUUUGCCCAGCUGACGCCAGAGAAGCGGCUCCGGGCAGUACUUGUCAUUAAGUACUGUCCCAACUGCUUGGCUCAUCAGCACUCCGGGGGCACUUGCCGCAGCUGUGGACGGUGCAGGCAUUGUGGUGAGGACCACCACACCAUUCUGCACAUGCGGGACCUCAGCUCGAAGCAGCGGUUGGCGCGACAACCGAGCGGCCGACGCGACCAACCGGCACCCUCCAUACCAUCAUCAUCCCGGAUGAACCGGCCCACUGCCCCACACACCAAGCCCGUGCCUGGCCCCGCCAUGUCAUUGACGGCACUACUCCAGUGCAAGGGGAAUGGGGAAAGCAUACAGGUCAAGUGUCUGAUUGCAUUCAACUUGGUGAAUGCCAGCAUGAUUCCUGUCACUGCUUUCUCCAAGCCGACGCACUACCUCCACGUGGUUCUCCUGGAUUGUCGCUCGACAGCCGUUGAGUGGCAAACUAAAGCGCGCGACGAGAGUCCUAACUCUACAAAGUGCCAGGCUGCGGCGCCGAGUCUCUCACUUUCGGCCAAUAAACAGAGAAUUGCAACGAUCCAAAUUACUGCCAAAUUCUUUAACAUCAGCCUGAUAUGCGCACAUGCCCCAACGGAGGAAAAGGACGAUGCCACUAAGGACGCGUUCUAUGCGGACCUCGUCCGAGCUUAUGGCCGCUGUCCUUCCCAUGACAUUAAAAUUCUCCUCGGGGAUUUUAAUGCCAAGGUAGGACGAGAAGACAUCUUUGGUGCCACCGUCGGGCGAUUUAGUCUACAUGAGACCACCUCGAGCAAUGGUCUCAGAUUAAUAGGCUUUGCAGCUGCGCAUAAUAUGGUAGUUCGUAGUACCGGAUUCCGUCAUUUGGACAUCCAUAAGGCAUCGUGGCUCUCUCCCGAUCGACUGACCAGAAAUCAGAUCGAUCAUGUUGUGAUCGAUGCAAGGCACGCAUCUAGCAUACUCGACGUACGAUCCUGUCGGGGUCCCAACAUCGACUCCGACCAUUAUCUUGUUGCAGCUAAGAUUCGCACACGGCUAUGUGUGGCGAAAAUUGCACGUCGAAGAAUCCAUGGUCCGAUCAGGAGUGUCGUGACGCAACAGUUGCAAGGACGCCGCCUACAGAAGAACACUGCAGGCUGGGGCGACACGAGCUAUUGUGGACGUCUACAGGUUGAGAAGAAGAUACGAAAACGCCUUUUCAGACGCAAGAAGAAAGAGCAGGAAAGGCGAGAUAGGGUCAAGCGUCUGACCGAAGGAUUUAAGUCUGGUGCAGUAGCGUGCAGGGACGAUGAUGGAAACCUUGUCACAGAAGCAGAGGUCGUGCUGAGGUUAUGGAGGGAUCACUUUUCGAGUCUGUUAUCUGGCUCUGAAGAUUAUGAUCCACGAACCCCAAUCUAUGGCACUGAUAUUGAAGUGCCAAUCCCAAGUCAUAUCGAAGUCAAGGAUGCAAUCCAACGGCUUAAGAACAACAAGUCUGCAGGUGCUGACGGCCUGCCGGCAGAACUGUUUAAGGCAGCUGGUGAUAUGUUGGUAGGGAGCAUGCACCAACUAAUCAGUAAGAUAUGGCUCACGGAGAGCAUGCCCGAAGAUUGGAAUCUCAGCAUGAUCUGUCCCAUCCUGAAGAAGGGUGAUGCCACGGUGCGCACCAACUACCGCGGAAUUAGUCUUCUUCCAGUUGCGUACAAGGUCCUAACGAGCUGUGGGUUCAGGCCUGGCAAGUCCACUGUUGACCAGAUUUUCACCUUGCGCCAAAUCCUGGAGAAGUCUUACGAAAACCAGAUCGACACGUACCAUCUCUUCGUCGACUACAAAGCUGCAUUUGAUAGCCCCCGGCGAGAUCGCCUAUAUGCCGCCAUGUCUGAGCUUGAUAUACCAGCAAAGCUGACUAGACUUUGCAGAAUGACAUUGAGCAACACCAUCAGCUCUGUCAAUGUGGAUGUGGCCAAUCCGAAACCUUUACUACCAAGUGUGGCCUCAGACAAGCUCCUUGGUUACGCUGAUGAUAUUGAUAUCAUUGGCCGCACCAAGCGUGAUGUCACAGGAGCCUUCGGGGCUAUUGAAAAGGAAUCAGCAAAAGUAGGACUAGCAGUUAAUAUGGAGAAAACAAAGUUUAUGGUGUGCUCUAGCAGAGAAUUGCGGCGUCUUGAUUCUCAGCUGACUGCAGAAAACUAUAGCUAUGGGUCCGUCAAGGAGUUUAUUUACCUAGGCACUGCUAUAACAAGCACAAAUGAUGUCAGUCUGGAGAUUAAGCGGAGAAUAACACUUGCCAACAGUCAGAUGCAGCUGCUCUUGGAGUGUUCGAGAGGAAAAUUCUUCGCAAAAAUCUUUGGUCCAAUCUGCGUGGACGAUGUUUAUCGCAUCCGAUACAACCACGAGCUGUAUGAGCUAUACGGCGAUGUUGACGUGGCCAAUCGAGUGAAAUCCCAAAGACUUCGCUGGCUGGGCCACGUUGCCCGUAUGGAUGAAGAUGCUCCGGCUCGUAAGGUGUUUGAUGCGAUGAUUGUUGGGACACGAAGGAGAGGACGACCCCGAACGUGUUGGCAGGACCAAGUGAUGGAAACCCUGUCCACACUUGGUGUUACCAACUGGCGAAGGCGCGCUCAGGACAGAGCCGCGUGGAGGCACAUCGCGCUUCAGGCUGAGACCCGAUAA